AUGACUCAGGGGUGGGUUCGGGCCAUCAGACCCAAACUUACACCCCUGAGUUCAUCGUCGAAGAAUCUCCCUGAGUUCAUCGUCGAAGACAUACUUUUAAGGCUUCCAGUCAAGUCUCUUCUAAGGUUCAGGUGUGUAUGCAAAUCCUGGUGUGCUCUUAUAACCGAUCCUACUUUCGUCAAAAUGCACCUCAACCGAUCCAUUGAGAAGGAUACCAACCGUAGCCUCAUUUUCAUAGGCUCCCCUUUCAAAUCUGUCGACUUAGAUGCUUGUGAAAUGCAAGCAGUAGAAGAACUCGAACUUCCGCCGCUGAAGCCGCCGAAGUAUUCAUACCAGGAAACCAAAAUUGGGGGUUCAUGCAACGGACUGCUCUGUAUAUAUAACUCUGUGGAAGACAUGUUCCUCUGGAAUCCUUCCACCAAAAGACAUCGAAAGCUACCCUUUUCACCUACAGAGUCUCUCGACCCAUAUGAAAAAUGCGAUUCCUUCAAUUUGGGAUUGGGUUACGACCCCACAUCCGACGAUUACAAACUGGUAAGGAUUGCGCAGUUUUCUGGUAGCCGUUUUAAGUCUUAUAGCAAUUCGGAGGUGAAGGUCUACUCACUUAGCAGCAACUCAUGGAGAAAUAUUCCGUACAUGGCCAAGCCCUUCUUUCUCAUCAACAAUCCCGGAUUUGGGGUUCUUGCAAAUUCUGCCCUUCAUUGGGUUGCAUUUCGAGAGACGGGACCUGAUCCCAUAGGCUCCAGUUUUAUCAUUUCCAUUGAUCUUCAAGACGAGAAGUAUCGAGAGGUGCUACUGCCUGACUGUAAGGUCACCCCUUUGACAUUUCUCGGGGUUCGAGGAGGACAACUCUGUGCGUUCUAUCAAUUUUUGGAUCGUGUUGAGGUUUGGGUGAUGAAGGAUUAUGGAAUGGGGGACUCUUGGGUGAAAGAGUUAUCAAUUGAACAAUCAGUGUUAAGGGAUGGUGAUGACAUCAAACCGGUAUACUAUUCAAAAAAUGGUGAACUAAUACUCGAGAUUGAUUUCAAUGCGUUGGUCCUGUAUGAUCCCAGUAGAGGGAGUGCUAGGAAACUAAGGAUUCGUGGUGCACACAGAAUAAUUGGAACAAAGAAUUGUGUUGGGAGUCUUGUUCCACUCUAUGCCAAUGGUGGAAUUGAACAAGCAGAAACGAAGAAAAAGAACAGGACGCAGAGGGUUGACGUUGAAAUUGGAAGGUUAGCAAUUAACUAAUUGAGAAUGGGAAAGCAAAUGACAAGGCAAUCAAGGAGCGGGCUUACAUAGUAUAUCCCUUGGGUUGACGCUGCGAUUGGAAGGUUAGCAAUUAACUAAUUGAGAAUGAGAAAACAAAUGACAAGGCAAUCAAGGCUUGGACUUACAUAUUAUAUCCCUUGGUAUCCAUUAGCUUUAUGUAGAUAAUCUGUUGACUGUACUUGGAUAUUGCUGAUAGUGGUGCCCUUAUGUGUAUGGUUUGGAACAUAUUACAACUUCCUGACUUCAGUUUUUCUUGUUAAACGCCUUAAAAUUUUAAUACUACAGUGGUGGGGGUUUUAUCUUUUA